CGUCACAGAACGUAAUUAAUAUUCAUGAGCUCCACUGGUCUACUCUUCUCCAGGUUAAGAUGGCCUCUAGUCCCAAAAGACCCUCUCUGGGGGCAGUAGCUCCUCGUAAGAAAGCCAAUCUAAAGUCUGAACUGACAGAAGAGCAAAAACAGGAGAUCCGAGAGGCGUUUGAGCUCUUCGACACCGAUGCUUCUGGUUUUAUUGAGGUGAAGGAGUUAAAGGUGGCCAUGAGAGCGCUGGGCUUUGAGCCUAAAAAGGAGGAAAUCAAGAAAAUGAUCGCUGAGGUUGAUAAGGAUGCUACUGGAAAGAUCUCUUUUGGUGAUUUUAUGACAGUCAUGACCCAAAAAAUGGCUGAAAAGGACUCCAAGGAAGAAAUUCUUAAGGCCUUUCGGCUGUUUGACGAUGACGAGACUGGAAAGAUAUCCUUCAGGAAUCUAAAGCGAGUGGCCAAAGAGCUGGGGGAAAACCUGACCGACGAGGAGCUGCAGGAAAUGAUCGAUGAAGCAGACAGAGACGGGGAUGGAGAAGUUAACCAGCAGGAGUUUCUCCGCAUCAUGAAGAAAACCAGUUUGUACUGAAUGUUAUCAGAAGCACAUGUGAAAUAUUCAUUUCUGUUUUAUUUAUUUUUCUAUGAUUUUGACGUUUUAUGCACCGCAUCAUUCCAAAACCGUGAUGCCUGUCAGCCCCAUCGGUGGAUUCAGAUCCGUGUGGGUUUUGCCGUCGAUUGUUUACACUCUAUAUUCUCAAGACUUAUCAGUCCAAAUAUAAACAGUAGCACAGGCUUGUAAGUAAUGCGUCAUAUAUGCAUGCACUGAAAUAUUUUGUGACUUUGUCAUAACAUGGGUAAAUCUCACUUAGAAAGCAAAUGUUUUAGAGCCAGAUUUCAAAAUAAAUAAUAAAAAAAAAGCUUCAUGUAGAUUGUGACAACUAAUUUUUAAUGGACCCCUGAUAAAAAUAUAAAAACACUGCCAAAACUAUUACAAUAAUAUGAAUAUAUAUAUAUAUAAACAUACUUAUAAAAAACACAAAAGUAAAACCUGACUGCAUUCUUUCCCAGAAUCACUCUAUAUAUAUAUUCUACCUUAUGUUUCUCUGUGCCUCAGCUUCUUUGAAGGAGAUUUCUGCAGUUUUAGUGAAUGCAUACUGUGAUCCUGUGCUUGUAUUUAUCCUUUGUGUCUCUUUAUAUAUCGUCUUUCUAUUGAAGUACACUUGAGAUGCUAUUGAAGUAUUAUUAAAAAUAAAAUAAACUGUAUCGAGCAGCCAUUAUUGA